AAUUUCGGCGUAUCCUGUUCCAAAAAGGGAAUGGUACUUUGGAGUUCAGCGGUACCUACUACGAGAAUAAAUAGCGGAACUAACGUUGCUAAUAAAACGAGGAGAAACUAGACCAGAGUAGAGCUCCUUUUUUGCACGAAAGCUGUAAAAAAUUACAGGAUAUGCAAAUAUAUUUAACACGUUGCAUUUCUUUCAACUCAGAAAGUCGAAUUGCUUUACGAAGUUGUUCGUGAAUUCAAAUGGAGGAAAUCGUUUCCUUAUUAUUUGCUUACAAUAGCAUAUCAUGGUUUAUUGCGUAAGAUGCAACGAAUCUUUAGCGAUCGAAGUAUCGGUAAUAGGUCGAAGAUCCUGCAAUCAUCUAAUUUAUUUAAUUUCAUAGUUUAUUUAUCUAAUGUAUCUUUAUUCGUAAGUUAUUUCGGAUAGAAGAAGUUUCGUCAUCGUGAAAUACGAAAGUAGAGCGUACUUUUUCUAAUCGAAAGCUAGAAAAAGGAGAACAUCGAUGUAGCUAAGGUCUCGUGCGAGAGAAUCGCGCGGAUUAUUGCCCUGUUUUGAAUAAAAAUUAACUUCGAUUCCCUUUGAGAUAAAAGCGGAAAACAUUUCUACCAAUCGAAAGUCAGGAGAAAUCGAACGUAAACAUAUAUCGUCGUAUUAACUACAAUACGACGAUAAUCGAUGCUAAUAGAUUCGUUGAUUUUCAAAGAACUUGGAUUAAACUUUUGUGAGAGAUAUCCCAUUAAGUAAAUUAUUGUACGAAUAUUAAUUACGCGCAUUUACAAUUGCGUACGUUAAAAAUUAAUUAAUCCUAUUUCAUUGUAUCGUGCCUCGAUAUAUUGAAUCCUCUUCGAUCUUCUAUCUUUACUCAUUAAAAAAAAAAAAAAAAUUGAAAGCUCACGAUCUUUAUAUUAUGCAUAAGCAUACAUUAAGUAAGAAUUGUGUUAAUCUGUGGUCUUCGAAGCAGAAUAAUUACGGUAGAAGUCAAAUUACGUAAGAUAUUGUAACAGCAUAUAUCUUACAUAUUCAAGAAUUGUAACAUGAAACUUUAAAUGGUUAUUUAAUAACGUAGUGCGGCAGGAAGUUUGGAGUCGAGUUUUCCGCGACUAGUCGAGAAAAUAAAGUGGACUGUUUCUCGAUGCAAAGGACAUUACAAAACGCGAAGAAACAAUGCUGGAAAGCGUCUUCGCUUUCUUUCGGAAACGAUCCGGACAGUUUCUCACGGAACGUGCUAGUUAAGUCCGUGAAAGAGCAACUAUGAUCUAUACGUGAUUAUGCGAAUCGAGCACACCCACUUUUCAUUUUCGGUGUUCCGAUUUUCAUUCGUUCGAUUCGUUUGGUUUGUUUUCUAAAUCACAACUUUAUUUUUGCUAUCGUAUGCAGUACACUAGAUUUUGUAUCUAAAGGUUGCCACUUGUCUUUAAGUUAUUAGGAUCGGCCGAAUCGUGGGACAAAUUAUCGCGUCUGAUACCAACGAAUUCGGUGUACGAACAACAGGACAAGAAUGCAUCUCCUGUCGAUAAUCCAGCGGACACGCUAUUACGCUCCUUGGACGAAAACAAUGUCAUGGAGACAUCAAAAACGAUUGGAAAGAAAAACAAUCACGAAGAGGAAGUAGACGAGGAAGUUUACGAAGACGAGUACGAAGUUGAAACCGACCCAAAAACGGAACAUGAAACUUUGAAGCUUCCUAAGAUCACCGAUUCCACUAACGCAAAGUACGAAAGAGCUCCGUCAGAGUUAACCGCUCAGACGGAAGACAUGUCCAGAGACGAAGAUUAUGUGGAAGACCCUUCGACGAGUCAGUACGACACGUACAAUUACUAUAACGAUGAUUACUCGAGUCCUAAUCGGUCGCGAUACCGAGCCGCAGAGGACGAACACGCUCGCGACUAUUCGGAUGCAGAGGAAGAAGAAGCGGAGCCGGAGGAACAUGGAGAACAAAAAGGAGGAGAAGAAGAUGAAGAAGAAGAAGAAGAAGAAGGGAAGAAACCACAGGACAACGACUAUGAUACGUCAGAGGAAGAGGAAGAAUAUUUCGAUUCUCACCACGUUGCGAACGUAAACGAUUCUUCGUCCGACCUGUUCGAAGAAAAGGAUCUAGACACGCCAAUUUCAACGACCAACAACGAGGAGGGUUCCUCGAUGGAAGGUAGCGACAAAACUUUUGCUUUUCUCGGACCACCAGUGUCGAGAAUAAAUUCCUCCGCUGAUAGUUCCAUCUUGAUCGGAGGAGCCAUAGUGUCGGUAGUAACGACGAAAAGCGUCGUCAAUGGCACGAUUUCCGUUCCAACCACAUCCUCGCCGACUACUACCGAACAAGUUGCCGCACCACCCUCUUCCACUUCUAUGGUAAUCACGGAACAACCCGUGACAGCGAUAACAACCGAGGAUACGUCUCGAAUAUUAGCUUCAGUUCAAACGAGUCGUAGCAUAUCUGGCGCUCGAUUCUUGCCGUUUCCUGUAAUAGAUCGUAUCGAACCGAUCGGCCAUAGCAGCGAGAAGAAAACUUCGCCACCUCCAGAGUCCACGGAAAGCAUUAUCGAUAAAUUGGACAGGGUACAGUCGGAAUUGUCCAGCGGUUUUCUCGCCGGUGGCUUCCGAACUGCCGGUAAUUCCCUUCAGUUGGACGUUUUGAACGAAAGAGACAGGAAUAAUCGCAGAAGGUAUACUACUACCGCUAAGACGCCGAUCAUUAGCAAGUUUGUGCCGCGAAGAUACAACGAUAAGAGAAACGAUCAUGCUACGCCGAAGCCGAAGAUCGAAACGACGCUCGAUAGUUUGGAAGGGUUGUUACCGCGUGAUUACGUUACGAGGAGUUCGUCGACGGUGUCGACGCUUUCCAAGACUGGAUUCAGAUGGCCGACAAAGAGCACAACUAGCACAACAGCAGAACCAACCACGACUCAACUCGCGUCAACUGCAUCCAUUGCCAUGGCGAAAAAACCUAAAACCAACGUGAUUGUUCAAGACAUAAGUGCCUUCUUACCACCCGGAUACAAAUUGAAGAAAGAGGACUCGACUGUUACAGAAAGCUCCCUGUUAAAGGAUAUCCUGGCGAAAUCUAAGGUCGAUAUAUCGUCGUUGUUACCAGCGGAUUAUAACAAAAAGAGAAACGAGGAUGACACGACAACAAUGACGACAACAGCGAAAAGUAUAGGCGUUUCGUCAGAGAAAUCACCAGCUGAGAAAACGAUUCAGGAUUUGUUCGCUAAAUCCAAAGUUGACAUUUCUUCCUUGUUGCCACGCGAUUACGAACAGAAGAGGAAGAAUCUUAUUUCAGAGCCGGCAGACGUUCAUACUGAGAAUUUUACCGAAUCCAAUGUUUCUGUGACAACAGAAUCUACUUCGUCCACAACGAAGAAAUCCGCUGGUUUGAAACUCGUGUUUCCUAGCAGGCCUGGCGGACGGAAAGCAAUUAAUAAAAUCACCACGCCACCCAGUCCUCGAGGUGAAGGACCUGGCACGGUUACGCCGAAAAUACACAGAGGAUGGCCGAUCAGAGUUACCACAGAAUUUACCGGCUGGCCUAGUUCGUCCACUACUCCGAUCUCGAUAGAAAAGAUACUGGAAGCUGCCCGAACCGCAACGAUUUCGUCUGCGUCACUAAUCCCGAUAACCGAAGCAACGUCGAGCACUACGACAACGUCGACUACGACGACAACGCCUCGACCAACCACACCAGGAAUUUGUGAGCAAGAUUGCGAAGUCGCUGGAACUAUAAAGAUAAUUGGUAAUACAAGCUGGGUACCGGAAUUACUUGAUCGAAAUACUCAAGAAUGGCAGAAACUCGCCAGUGAAAUUGAGCGAGAGAUGAACUUCAUAUUCUCAAAAUCUGCUGUCCUAGCAAAAUGGUAUAAAAAGAUAAGAAUCGAUUCAUUCAGCGAGGGUAGUAUUUUGGUAGAUUAUUUUGUCGAAUUGGCCAACUUGGAGCAAAAUGUUAAUACGCAGGAAUUGAAAGUUAUUUUCCACGAUUCGUUACGGACUUAUAACGCAAACAGGUGGAACGAAACUAAAACGAAGAGUUCGAUCAAGCUUGGAUCGUUUACAAUCGAUCCGAAAUAUACGGAUUUUGUAGUGAUACCUAAAGUGACAACUCCCCAAUACACCGAAGAAGACGAUAGAUUAGUUCCACAAUGGGCAAUUGCUGUAAUCGUAAUUGGUGUUGGUGGAUUGGUCUUUAUCAUCAUAUUUGGUGUCUCUGUGUUAAUAAAUCGUCAUAAUGCUUCGAAAUUGAAACCAUCUAUAUCUACAAUUUACGAAGAAGAAGUAGCAAAGAAUAUUACAGCUCAUAGAUCUAGUGAUUACUCAAAACCGGUACAUACGAUUUGGACUGACCCAGACGUUUCUUGGAAUGACAAGUCUUUCGAAUCGACCUCCAACAAGAUUCUUGUCGAAAAAUCUUUUCAAGACAAUAAGAAAUAUAACAUGUACGAUAGUUGGAGAUCGCAGUGGAACGGUUAUUAUUACAACGGGUCUCAUACUAGCAGUAAAUAUGGCGGUUACGAUAGUACAACAAAUUUAUCAAGUCGUCAUCAUCCUGAUUACGAUACAAAUUUCUAAAUUUUACGGUAAUAAAGUAAAAUUUCUAUCAA